AUAAGCGCCUCUGUAUCGUCGCGAAUCGGUCGCGGAACCUGUCUUGACCCGGAGCUACCAUGAGCAAGCGGAACCAGGUAUCUUACGUGCGGCCAGCUGAGCCGGCGUUUCUGGCCCGCUUCAAGGAACGGGUCGGCUACAGGGAGGGGCCCACCGUAGAGACUAAGAGAAUUCAGCCUCAGUCCCCAGAUGAAGAUAGGGAUCACAGUGACAAAGAAGAUGAACAGCCUCAAGUGGUGGUUUUAAAAAAGGGAGACCUGUCAGUUGAAGAAGUCAUGAAAAUUAAAGCAGAAAUAAAGGCUGCCAAAGCAGGUAAAAGCAGAAUAAUAAGGAGAAGAAAGUUCUUUAAAAUUCUGUUUUUGCUCAGAUGAAGAACCAGCUCCAGCUGAUGGAAGAAUCAUAUAUCGAAAACCAGUCAAGCAUCCCUCAGAUGAAAAAUAUUCAGGUUUAACAGCAAGCUCAAAAAAGAAGAAGCCAAAUGAAGAUGAAAUAAAUCAGGACUCGGUCAAAAAGAACUCACAAAAACAAAUUAAAAAUAGUAGGCUCCUUUCUUUUGACAACGAAGAUGAAAAUGAGUAAGUGUAAAUAUUUUGAAUUUAGUCUACUUUGAAAGUAUAUGGAGUGUUUUUUAAAAUAACAUUUUUUCCUAUUGUAAAGAUACUACAAGUUCUUUAUAGAAAAUUUAGGAAAUAGAGAAAAAAAUUUAAUAAACUACAUCUAUUCAUCAAUACCUCUCUGACUUAAAAUGCCAACUCUAUAGAAAUUAGCUAGUAUUGACAUUUUGUUAUUUCCCUUGUGUGGUUGUAUAUAUAUGUAAAUUAUAUUUUUAAGCAAAAUACAUUUUUUUGUGUGUAAACAAAAUUUUAUAAAUACAGUUGUAUUGCAAAUGUUCCUUGUCCUGCUUCUCACUUGACAUUGCAUUAUGCGUAUUCUUCCAGGUCAGUAAAUUUCAAAAACCUGACAUUAAUAGCUACAGAUAAUUCAUAAACAUCUCAUUGUAUCUUUUUCAUUAGCAAUUGCUCCACUUUGGGUGGGGGAGAUGAUAAUGUCCCUUGUUAAAAAUACCUCCCCAACUCCUGCUAAGGGUGGCCAUGAGACUCAGCUCUGGCAAGUUAAGAAAUACAGGUGGAAUUCUGCUUGUUAAAGCUGCUGGGUUUUUUGAUACAAAAGGACAGACUUGGCAAGCAUGAGCCUUUGCUCUUAUCUUUUCAUCCUACUUGGAGUGCAGAGAUAAAACCUGAGUACCAGAGCCAUUUUUAGGCAUAAGGAAGGCAGCCAUGUGCUUUGGGUCAUGUUAGUAAAAAGACUCAGAGCUUGGCUCCUUGCUGACAUGCCUGGAGGAGCUGCUACACCAGCUUGGAUUGCUGACCUCUGACUUCUUGGUUGUGAGCAGAAUAAACACUGUGCUUAAUUAGGCCUCAGUCAGGUUUCUCUUAUAUGCAGCCAAAUGCAGUCCUAAGUAAUACAAUAAAUAACUGGUCAAACCGUUAUUGGUGGAGGGUGUCCAGGUUCUUGGCAUUUUGGACAAAUAAUUGAACAAAACGCACAAAGCAAUGAAUAUCCUCUAGAGGUUUGCCAUUGGUUACUUGGUGUACACCCUAUGUAAAUGAAGUAGUGGCCCGUGACCUCUCUGAUUGGUGCAGAAAGUGACCAAUCAGAGGCUGAAGUGAAGUUACAAAGUUAUACUCCUGUGUAAAUGAAGACUUGGCCUAUGACCAGUCUGAUUGGUUGCAGGAGGGGACCAAUCAGAGGCACUUUCAUUUUUCAUCUGCAAUGCAGAAAAGGCAAGGGGAUUGCAAAGGGAGUAGCCUCUGAUCCUUUUGUUAUUUAGGUAUGGAGAGGUGGGGUUUUCCUUUUGAUUCAGUUCUAGGAAGUCAAUGUGAAUCAGCCUUAGGUUCCCUGUCUCCAGACCCUAUUCUCCUGCCUCAUUUUCCCCCUGAGAAACGUGAUCCUUGUAAAUCUUUAUGGGAGGCUGAGAGACUGAGGGUCUGUCUUCUGUAACUGCUUCAUGCUAACUUGGGACACAGUCCCUACCUAUUGGAGAUCACAUAACUCUCACCCUGCUUUGUCUAGGGGAGACAGGGUAGCUUCUUGAUGGCCGGUGGUGUCUUCACCUGAAACUGGCUAGAAACCUUGUCACAUGAUCAUCUAACUUGGUGGUCUCUAGGCAAAAGGAAAUGGAUUUGGUUAAAAGAUUUAACAAAUAUGGUCCAAAAACCAAGGCAAAUAUAAUCAUUAAUAAUGGGCUGGCCAAGGGAGGGAGCCAUGAAACCCAACUUAGUACCCUUUAGGUGCCCCAGCUGUUGUCAUAUGUUAGAGGCCCAGUCAGCUAGUUUUCAGGUGAUGUCCCUUACUAAUCCUGAUUGGUUGACAUCAAAACAGCAGUCUUCUAGGAAAAAGACAUAAGUCACCUGUUUCAGCAGUUAGGAGAUCUAGUCCCCUUCGAUUUUGCAAAGCAACCACUGCCAAGGAGCCUAUCUGAUUUUGUAAGGUGACAAUACUUCGAGCAAUGUUAUCUAAGCUUUCCAUAAAAUCCUUGGACAAGCGUUGGUAAUAGGAUAGGGAAGUUGCAAUCCCGCUAACUCCCAUUCCUACCCCUGCUGUUAUUCCUAGCCAUUGUGUCUGGUGGUUGCAGUUAAAGGUAUAAUGAGGGAUUGGUUGUUGGGAGCUAUAUUAAUUUCGGGACAUACAAUAUUUCUGUCUCCAGUCUACCACUUCCACCCAAGACAAAUCACAGCAGAACCAACCUAACUUCAAAAUAAACUUCAGUCCCGUAUACUUGGACUGAUCACCCACACAAAGUGCAACAAGAAUCAUUGUCCAUAUAGACUCUCCUAGAUUGACUUUGCUGAAACAUUUCACAAGGCCAUUUCAGUCAAAGUCCUGAAAAAGUAACCGGUUUCUUCAGUUGUGCCCUAUUACAAAAGAAAACGUGGUUAUUAACUUUAUACAGACAAAUGCCAUGAAUUAAGAAUAUUCAUUAAUAGUUUACAAAUUCUGGAGAAAUUAGAAUACUCAAUACACUUAAAGUGUAUUUCAAGGCUAUAAAUAGCUCAAAAUAAAAAGAUUAUUCAGACUCUGAAAAAACAAAAAGCAUUAGCAAUAUUUCAAACAACAAAAGCCAUACAAAUUAUUUCAGUCUUCCAUUAGUUCAUUUCAGUCCAUAUAAUCAACUCCUGCUCUACUUUAUAUUCAUCUUUAUGAACACAUCAGCCUUUCAAUUCGUGCCUUGGAAGUUUUCUGUCUAAUCCAGUAGCACACUCACCAAAGUUACCAGAAACCUGCAUUCAAGAGUUCUUUUCAUGGACUCCAAAGAAGUAAGCCUUGGACUGUAGCUGAUUAUAAGUCACUUUUUUUUUAGAAGGAUCAAAGCAGAACAUCAAUUAUGGAUGACAAAAGUCUUAAGACAGCCAUAAAGACACAGUUGACAAAUUUGGUUAUUUCUGUGGCUUACAACAAUUUAACAUAAUCAUUACAACAUAUAUUAAGACAUAUCAGAAUUUUAGAACUCUCAUACAAUCCUGGAACACAUAUUAACAACAAAUCUCUAUCAGUAUAACCCAAAGGAAGCUAAACACCACCUCACACUUGACAGUGUUUCCUGUAUAAUCCAAACAUUACAAAUAAGCCUAAUAUGUCACUCUUGAACUUCAGGAAGCCUAAUAUCCAAAAAGUUAGUUUAAGGUCAAAAGUUUUUGAAUUAACUUUUUUCCAUUAGUAUGGUCAUAUCUUUCUUACUAAUUUGUAAGUUAUGUAAUUUAUCAAUUUUUUUUGUUGUUCUGUUUCCCAACCUCUAUGUCAGAUAAAGAAUCACCCAGACCAGACACAAUGGCUCAUGCUUGUAAUCCCAACACUUUGGGAAGCCAAGGUGGGAGAAUUGCUUGAAGCCAGGAGCCUGAGACCAGCCUGGGUGACAAAGCAAUACCCCUAUCUCUACAAAAAAUAAAAAAUAGCCAGAUGUGGCGACACACACCUGAAGUCCCAGCUGCUCAGGAGGCUAAGCAGGAGGAUGGCUUGGGCGUAGGAGUUCAAGGCUGCAGUGAGCUAUGAUUGCACCAUUGCAUUCCAGCCUGGGCAACAGAGUAAGAACUAUCUCUAAAAAAAAAUAAAAAAUAAAAAUAAAUUUUAAAAAAAAGAAUUACCCAUAUUCUGUUUUUGUUUAUUCAUGUUAACCUUUAUUCUAUCUGUAAUUUAUUUGAGUGUACUUUUUUCUCAAAUAAUCAAUUGUCCUAGAACCAUGUGUUUCUCAUUUAUUUGAAAGGCCAUCUAGUGAGAGAUUUCUCCAAGUGUUGGGGUAGGGAAGGGAGGGAAGCACUGUAAAGUCUGAGCCUUUCCAGGUGAUUCCUCAAGACCCUGCUUAAUCCAAACAAUUUUCCUCAUUAGUAAAAGCCCAAACUGGGGGCUUGUUAAGAUCCUCACCAGCCACAUCCAUCUGAAAUUAUGAAUUUCAAAGUAUCUUACGAAUUUGGUGCCACAUUAUCUUUUUUAAGUUUGUUUUGUUUUGUUGAGACAGAGUCUCGCUCUGUGGCCCAGGCUGGAGUGCAGUGGCGCGAUCUCAGCUCACUGCAAGCUCCACCUCCCAGGUUCACACCAUUCUCCUGCCUCAGCCUCCCAAGUAGCUGGGACUACAGGCGCCGCCACCACGCCCGGCUAAUUUUUUUGUAUUUUUAGUAGAGACGGGGUUUCACUUUGUUAGCCAGGAUGGCCUCAAUCUCCUGACUUCAUGAUCCACCUGCCUCGGCCUCCCAUAGUGCUGGGAUUACAGGCAUGAGCCACCGCGCCUGGGCCUUUUUUUAAGUUUUAAGUACCUAUAAAGAACACUCAAAGGUGAUGUAUGUGGGUGAGGAAGACCUGAAAUAGGCUCUCUCUAAAUUACUCAAAUUAAUCCUGAAGCCAUUCUGCAAUACUGUCUUUAAUGUAUACUCACUUGUUAUAAAGCCAGGUUUUUUUCCCCUAAUUUGUAUCAUUGCUAUAUGUGGUGUUGUACCAAACUACACUGUUUUAAUUACUGUAAAUUUUAAUAUGUCUUAGUAUCUAGAUGUGGGAAUCUUGAAAGCAGGAACUUUGUGUUAUUCACCACUGUAUUCUCAAUAUCAGAAGAGUAUCUGGCCUGCUAAGUGCACAAUAAACAUAGUUAAAAUGAA